UCUCGAUUCACAGUAGAUCUAUCUAGAGAGAAAGAGAUUGAGGUUUAGGGUGAGUUAGGGAUCUUGAGUUUUGUUGAUUUGAUUUCCAUUUGUCGGUUGUUUAAUUCUUCAGAGCAAGAAGAGAUGGCAAAAUCGGUGACCCCAGAAGCGAUAUCGGUGAUACUGUCCAAUCCUUCUCCUGAUUCGUCGGCCGUUCAUCCAGAAAUCGUUGUCCAAGUACUCCAUAUCAAGUCUGCUGGCAACAGAUACACGUUUACUGUCAGUGAUGGCAAGAUGAAGUUGAAGGCAAUUUUGCAGUCUAGUUUAUCAUCUGAAGUGAUCAAUGGAAAUAUUCAAAAUUUGGGCCUUAUUCGUGUCAUUGAUUACACUCUCAACGACAUUCCAAACAAGAAUGAGAAGUACUUGAUUGUGACCAAAUGUGAAGCUGUGUCUCCUCCUUUAGAGGCAGAAUAUAAGGUAGAGGUGAAGAGUGAAGGAGCUGGCAUUCUGUUGAAGCCAAAGCAAGAAGUUAUCACUAAAUCAGCAGCUCAAAUUAUCAAUGAGCAGAAUGGGAAUAUGGCACCCUCUGCCCGAAUGGCAAUGACAAGGAGAGUUCAUCCACUGGCUUCUUUAAACCCUUACCAAGGAAAUUGGACGAUUAAGGUUCGAUUGACGUCCAAAGGAAACAUGCGCACUUACAAGAAUGCAAGGGGGGAGGGCUGUGUUUUCAAUGUGGAGUUAACUGAUGAAGAUGGUACUCAAAUCCAAGCAACCAUGUUUAAUGAGGCUGCAAGGAAGUUCUUUGAUGUGUUCCAAACGGGAAAAGUCUAUUACAUAUCCAAAGGAACUUUGAAAGUGGCUAACAAGCAAUUCAAGACUGUACAGAAUGAUUAUGAAAUGACUCUAAAUGAAAAUUCUCAAGUAGAAGAGGCAAUCAAUGAAGCAGCUUUUAUCCCUGAAACCAAGUUCAAUUUUGUCCCAAUUGAUGAGUUGGGACCAUAUGUUGGUCAGAGGGAGCUUGUGGAUGUUAUUGGAGUGGUGCAAAAUGUAUCUCCAACAAUGAGCAUUCGAAGGAAAAUUGACAAUGAGGCCAUUCCAAAGCGUGACAUAAUCAUCGCAGAUGCAACGAAGAAGACUGUAGUUGUGUCUUUGUGGAAUGUUCUUGCCACCGAUAUCGGCCAAAAACUAUUAGACAUGGCUGAUGAAUCACCAAUAGUUGCAAUCAAAUCUUUAAGGGUAUCAGAUUUUCAAGGGGUAUCUCUGUCAACAUUGGGAAAAAGCAUUGUAGAGAUAAAUCCUGAUAUCCCAGAAUCUAACAAGUUGAGAUCAUGGUACUGUUCUGAAGGCAAAGAAACCUCCAUGGAAUCUGUUGGUGCUGGCUUGAGCCCAUCGCUUAAAAGCGGUGGUAGGUCCAUGUAUUCUGACCGUGUGACACUUGACCAUAUAACCAGCAACCCAUCUUUGGGUUCAGAUAAGCCGAUGUUUUACAGCACACGAGCUUGUAUGAGCUUGAUCAAAACUGAUCAGACCAUGUCAUACCGAGCAUGCAAGACUUGUAACAAGAAAGUUACUGAAGCUAUUGGAUCUGGUUACUGGUGUGAAGGAUGUCAGAAGAAUGAAGAAGACUGCAGUUUGAGGUAUAUAUUGGCUGCAAAGUUUUCUGAUGCAAGUGGUGGAGCUUGGUUUUCGGUUUUCAAUAAUGAAGCUGAAAAAAUAAUCGGAUGCUCAGCUGAUGAGCUUGAUAAGAUGAAGUCACAGGGUGAUGGAACUGAUUUCCAGUUACAACUUAAAAAGGCAACAUGGGUCCCACAUCUUUUCCGAGUUAGCGUUGCACCAAGAGAGUACAACAAUGAGAAGCGACAAAGGAUCACUGUUAGGGCCGUUGCUCCGGUUGAUUUUGCAGCUGAGUCUAAGUUCUUGCUGGAAGAGAUAUCUUCGAUGAAACUUUGAAACGUUCUCGUGUUCCAUGUUUUUUUUGAAACUUAACGCCAAUCGUGUUUGACGCGAUACUUAACAAUGGUGUUUUUUCAAAGAUGUAUCUAAGUAGUUUUAGUUUUUGGGAUGAUUUUACAUAGGUUGGUACUUCUUAUAAUCUAUGUGCUGAUGUGCAUUGCACAAUUGAUCAUGAAAUAUGGUUUUUAUU